AUGAAACUCGAGAAGUGCAUAACCGUAGACAACAUCAACCAGAACCUGUUGAACGUGAAGUACGCGGUACGGGGACCCAUAUUGGAGCGUGCUCUGCAGAUCGAGAGGGAACUAGUAAAGGGAGUCCCUAAGCCAUUUAAGUACGUGGUUCGCGCAAACAUCGGCGACUGCCAUGCCUUAGGACAAAAGCCGAUCACCUUCAUUAGGCAGGUAUUGGCGCUGGCCGCAUGCCCGCAGCUCAUGUCGUCACCCGACGUGCCGGAGGACGUGAAGAAACGAGUGCAGGACAUUCUAGACGAUUGCACCAAAAGCUCAGUAGGUUCAUACUCUCCAUCUGCCGGCCUGACGCUGGUACGGAAGCAUGCGGCGGCGUACUUAUCAGCGCGGGAUGGAGUACCAGCGUCGUAUGAAGACAUCUACCUUGGCUCUGGAGCCUCAGACCUCAUCAAAGCUGUCCUUACCAUGUUCGUUAAGGACGCGGAUGGAAAACCGCCAGCGGUGAUGAUACCGAUACCGCAAUACCCACUUUUCUCUGGAACCUUGUCCGAGCUGGGACUACGCCAGGCUAACUACUACCUGGACGAGGAACAUAACUGGGCGCUGCAAGUCUCCGAGCUGGAGCGCAGCUGGCAGCAGGCGAGCGUGGACAGCCACGUGAGGGCGCUCGUUAUCAUCAAUCCGGGCAAUCCUACAGGACAGGUGCUGACUCGAGAGAACAUAGAGGAGAUCAUUAAGUUCGCGUACGAUCACGACCUGUUCCUUAUGGCAGAUGAGGUUUACCAGGAGAACAUAAUAAGCAAGCCGUUCCAUUCGUUUAAGAAAGUAAUGCACGAGAUGGGCCCGCCGUACAGCGGCAUGGAGCUAGCGAGCUUCGUGACGUGCUCGAAGGGCUGGGCGGCGGAGUGCGGUCUGCGCGCCGGCUGGGCGGAGCUGGUGCGGCUGCAGCGCGACGUGGCGGCCGCCUUCAGCACCGCCCGCGCCGUGCUGCAGUGCCCCACGGUGCUGGGCCAGUGCGCCGUCGACUGCACCGUAAAGCCUCCAUCCCCCGGAGAGGCUUCGUACCCACAGUUCUGUGCAGAGAGGCGAGAUAUUCACCGCGUGCUGGCUGAAAGAGCUGCUACUGCUUACAACACCUUCAACUCGAUACCCGGCUACUCGUGCAAUCCCAUUGAUGGAUCGAUGUUCGCUUUCCCACGUGUGAAAAUACCAGAAAAUGCUCAAAGAGCGGCGCUUGAACAAGAAAUAUCUCCGGACGAAUUCUACUGCCUGAGGCUUCUUGAGGAGACCGGUGUGUGCGUAGUGCCGGGCUCAGGAUUUGGUCAAAAACCGGGCACUUUCCAUUUUAGGACAACCAUCUUGCAUUCGAGGGAGGAAUUCCAGCACAUGAUGGAUUCCAUUCGUCACUUCCACCUGCAGUUUCUGCGGCAGUACUCAUGA